GAACUACUGCAAAAACAAGCAAACAGCACAAAAGGCAGAGGCUGGAAAGAUGUUUUAGAAAGUCUCUGUGUCAGAGAAGCUUCAAGCCCCUGAAGAUGGAGAAUGAAACCGUCAAUGAACUGAACCAAACAGAGCUCCCGCCUCAAGUAGCCGUGGCCCUCGAGUACCAGGUGGUCACCAUCUUACUUGUGGUGGUUAUCUGUGGACUGGGCAUUGUGGGCAACAUCAUGGUAGUCCUGGUGGUCAUGAGAACGAAGCACAUGAGAACCCCUACAAACUGCUACCUGGUGAGUCUGGCUGUGGCGGAUCUCAUGGUCCUGGUGGCUGCAGGCCUCCCCAACAUCACCGACAGCAUCUAUGGUUCCUGGGUCUAUGGCUAUGUUGGCUGCCUCUGCAUCACGUAUCUCCAGUACUUAGGAAUUAACGCAUCUUCAUGCUCAAUAACAGCCUUUACCAUUGAGAGGUACAUAGCAAUCUGCCACCCCAUCAAAGCCCAGUUUCUGUGCACAUUUUCCAGAGCCAAAAAAAUCAUUAUCUUUGUCUGGGCCUUUACAUCCAUUUACUGUAUGCUCUGGUUCUUCCUUCUGGAUCUCAACAUCAGCACCUACAAAGAUGCUAUUGUGAUAUCCUGUGGCUACAAGAUCUCCCGCAACUACUACUCACCUAUUUACCUAAUGGACUUUGGCGUCUUUUAUGUCAUGCCAAUGAUCCUGGCCACUGUGCUUUACGGGUUUAUAGCUAGAAUCCUCUUCUUAAACCCCAUUCCUUCAGACCCUAAAGAAAACUCUAAGACGUGGAAAAAUGACUCAACCCAUCAGAACAAGAAUUUGAAUUUAAACACCACCAACAGAUGUUUCAACAGCACCGUUUCUUCCAGGAAGCAGGUCACCAAGAUGCUUGCAGUGGUUGUAAUUCUGUUUGCCCUUUUAUGGAUGCCCUACAGGACUCUUGUGGUUGUCAACUCAUUUCUCUCCAGCCCUUUCCAGGAAAAUUGGUUCUUGCUCUUUUGCAGAAUUUGCAUUUAUCUCAACAGUGCCAUCAACCCGGUGAUUUACAACCUCAUGUCUCAGAAGUUUCGUGCAGCCUUCAGGAAGCUCUGCAAUUGCAAGCAGAAGCCCACUGAGAAAGCUGCUAACUACAGUGUGGCCCUAAAUUACAGUGUCAUCAAGGAGUCAGACCGCUUUAGCACAGAGCUAGAUGACAUCACCGUCACCGACACGUAUGUGUCAACCACAAAAGUAUCAUUUGAUGACACCUGCUUGGCCUCCGAGAAGAAUGGACCCAGUUCUUGUGCAUAUGGAUAUUCUUUGACUGCCAAACAGGAGAAAAUAUGAACUUCCUCAAGAAUACCUUGGGCUGGUAUUAAUAAAGUGAAAUCUUUCAAACAAUUCAAUAUGACUCAAUAAGAUCCAACUGAUCGAAGGUCUUCAUUCAGAAGUCAGUAAGAACAUCAUGAUACUGAAAUGGUACAGGGUGGCACAAUAAAGAAGCAAACAUCUAAUCCCUAGCCAUGAGGACAAGCCACUCCUGUUUUGAUAUAUAUACAAAUUACUGGCAUGCUUUUCCUUAAUGUGUCUCUCUUUCUCAAAAUAAUUGUUAUUUGCCAGAUGACUCUGAACACAUCCUGGAAACCAAUUUGUUCUGAGCCUCCACAUAUGUCCUUCGAUACCCUUGAAUACCAAAUAAUUCUGAAUAGGCAAGUUAAACAGAAAAUCCCAUGGAGGACAAGUUCAUUUCAUGUUUGUAUCCCAGAAAUUGAACUAAGAUGCUGAGCUCAACAUUGACUUUCUCUUGAAUGAAUGAACGAAUGAACGAACGAAUGAAUGAAUGAACAUGAAUAAGUAAAUUUAUGAAUCUCCAACUAAGAAAUAUAACGUAAAAUCUUCAUGAUGCCUGAGUUCCUCAUAGAUUUUUUUUUACAAAUAUAAAACUUCUUUGCCUUUUGUUUUUAUCAUCUUAAACCAUUCUCCUGGCUUAUUAAAAUGUAUUAUAUUGUGUCAGAUCAUGGUCACCACCAUCUCUGUGUAUAUAUUAUGAAUACAAAGUUCAAUAGUACUCUCAAAUUUCAAAUAGUUCAAAUAGUACUCUCACCUAAUUUAAUAAUGAUCAAGAUUAUUACAUGUAUGUUCAGAGAAUAACAACAUACUAUCACUGACAUGUGAAUAAAAUGAAAUGUGCAGAGUACAUGGUAGAAAGAGAAGUUAUAUGAUUUCAGAUUACAAACCUUAGAAUUCCUCAUUGGGAAAAGAAUAUCAGGGGGGUGCUAGAGUAAUUAGAACAACCUCAUAGGAAAGCUUGAAUUCUUAUAAGAAUAGACUUAGCUUAGAUAGGAAAAGACAAGUGAUGUACGGAAAGAGAGGUGAGUAAGGGUAGGAGGAAAAGAAACAAACUCUAGGUGGAAUGGAUAAUGUGUCCAGUUAAGUGUGACUCAUCGGGGAUUGAUCAAGGCAAGCAACUAGAAGAAAGGAAAGAAGGGAAAUAAAGUAUUUCCUGAUGAUUGUAUUUGUCGAGGAAAUAGUCAGCCAGACAGUUGGUAGACAUGUAUAUUAGUAAGCUGUCAUGUAUUUUCUAAACAUUGUAAAUUUCACUUAUUAUCUAUAAAAAUGUAGUAUGCUAUUUGUCUCCUAAGUGUUAUAAUUCUGUAAGAAUCCUAAAGUCAUAAUUUUCCAGGUAAAAACUAUAUUGUAUAUGUGUAUAUCUUUUCUAUAUUGCACUGUUAUCAUAUAUGGGAUAUAUUUAUUUAUGUAUAUAUGAUUCAGAGGUCCUUAACAGCCAUGAAGUUAUCCAGUUAUGCUCACCGUAGAGAUCCAAGCUAGCUCACAGGCCCUUCCUGUGCCUAAGCAUCCAUAUUAAAUGAGAAACUGAUAAGCAGUGACAAGCUUCUAAUGCCCUCACCCUGUUGACUUGCAUGCUGCUUAUAUCGUGCUCCUGAAUGCUUGGUUUCUUACGACAUGCCUCUGAAUGUUUAGGUUUCCUUUUACCAUUUGUAGAGAGCUGUAUACUCACUCAUCUCAUCACUUGGACAUCAAUCAUUGUGUCCGUGUGGAAAAAUAAUCUCCUUUAAGAAAGUGCAGUAUUAUGUGUUCUCUCUGCAGUGGGAAACUAUUGCUGUAUGUGUACGCAUGCACAAUAAAGUAUCAAACUGAAAGAUCCAGG